AUGGAUUUAAGAAGUGGAAAGGUUAUAGUAGAAGAAAGAAGCAGUUCUGAAGAAAUGGAGAGUACAGAAGAAACAAGUACAGUAACUGGAAUAGAAAACAAAAGAAAGACAUUGAAGGAAGGUUUAAAGAAACUCAGAAAAAAACAGGAAGAAAUGUUCCAAAAAGCCGAUUUACAAAGACAAAAAGAAAAAGAAGAAGCAAUACUGCAAAGGCAGAAGGAAAAAGAAGAAGCUGAAAUGCAAAGGCAAAAAGAUAAAGAAGAAGCAGAACUACAAAGAAAGAAGGAAAAAGAAGAAGCUGAAAUGCAAAGGCAAAAAGAUAAAGAAGAAGCAGAACUACAAAGAAAGAAGGAAAAAGAAGAAGCUGAAAUGCAAAGGCAAAAAGAUAAAGAAGAAGCAGAACUACAAAGAAAGAAGGAAAAAGAAGAAGCUGAAAUGCAAAGGCAAAAAGAUAAAGAAGAAGCAGAACUACAAAGAAAGAAGGAAAAAGAAGAAGCUGAAAUGCAAAGGAAAAUUUAA